AUGCAAUACACUGGCUUGCUGGCACUUGCAACUGUUGCUGCUGCGCAGUCAACUAUCAACUUUGGUCCUUACUGGUGGCUGCGCCCCGAUCUCGAGUAUUCUACCGAAGUGCCUACAGCAUGGAUUCGUUCUGCAAAUACAACUUUGGUUCUCGGUGCUAUCCCUAGCCCCCAGGUUGACCGUCUGGCUAUAUGGCCUGGAAUGGCCAGUAGUGACGGUGAUCUCAUCCAAGCCAUCGCGGUCUCCUUUUCUGACCCGAGCUCUCAAUGCGGCGGUACGACUGGUCAAUGGUGCACGUUUGCCAGCACUCUCGAAAGCCAGCAAGAGAGCGGAACCAUGGUUGCUGCUUCUGAGGGAACUAAAAUCAACAUGUAUUAUGAGUACAAUGAUGACACACAGAUGUAUGACCAGACCGUUACCGUGAAUGGCCAAGUUAUCUCGACUCUUUCAACUUCGUCAGGAAAAGCACAAAACUGGCAGACCGCCGUAGAGUGCCAAGAAGAGGCUUGCUCUAGCACUGUCCCGGCGCACAAAUAUCUGGACACAACAAUAGUCCUGGACUCUGCAGAUACUUCCUUUGGCGACACUCUGAUCACAAACGAGGUCUUUGCAGACGACUUCACCACCUCUGACGGCGGCAUCACUUGGACUGUAGCCACUAUCAAUGUCAACGAGUAUGACUUUAGCACCAGCUCUGGAACAUCUGGCUCUUCAAACUCAACUAGCUCUGCCAUCUCUUCCAAGUCGGCUAUCCCUUCCGGGUCAGCGUCAGAUUCGGUAUCGGGAUAUGGCUCUUCGAGAACAGAGUCUAGUUCCGGAUCAAAACACUCUGGCACUACCUCCGGUCAUGGAUCCCACUCGUCGGGUUCACCCUCGGGUCCUGGUUUUUCUCCAUCAGGUUCUGCCUCCAGCCAUGGAUCUCACUCGUCCGGCUCGGCCUCAUCCCACGGAUCGAGUCCGUCUGGAUCUUCCUCUGGCCAUGGCUCAAAGCCAUCUGGCUCUCCAUCCGGCCAUGGUUCGAAACCAUCAGGCUCUACUUCCGCUUCUGGACCUUUUCAAUCUGGUUCAGCCUCGUCAUCGGGCUCUGGGUCUGAUUCUGGAUUAUACCCAUCAGGCUCCGACUCGAGCUCUAAAACUGGCUCUACCUCCGCGUCAGGUACCGAUUCGGGUGCCGGGUCCGUCGUAUCAGGCAUUGCCUCGGAUCUAGGCUCUGGAAGUGCAUCUAGUACUGACUCAGGCUUUGGAUCAAUUAUAUCCGGCAUUGCUAGCGGGUUGGGAUCGGGCUCGGGCAGUGGAUCUAGUACCGAUUCUGGUUUUGGAUCUAUUGCGUCCGGUAUUGCAUCAGGUCUUGGUUCUGGGACUGGCUCUACCUCGGGUUCUGGAUCUUCUAGCACUGAUUCUGGAUUCGGAUCUGUUGUGUCGGGUAUUGCCUCGGGCUUAGGCUCGGGGUCCGGAUCAGCAAGUGGCUCCGGAUCCAGUACGGACUCAGGUUUUGGCUCUAUCGCCUCUGGCAUCGCUUCCAGCUUGGGAUCAGGAACAACAUCGGGCAGCGGAUCGAGCACUGACUCUGGAUUAGGGUCUGUGGUGUCUGGUAUUGCAUCGAGUCUGGGUUCAGGAACUACCAGCGGCACAGGAUCAAGCACUGACUCUGGUCUGGGUUCGAUUGUUUCUGGCAUUGCGUCCAGCAUUGGUUCAGGGUCGGGGUACGACCAGAGUAGUGGAGCGACGAGUGACGGAGCAAGCUCAAAGAACUCGCGUGGCGUCUACAUGGGUGGCCCGAGACGGCGGAUUUGA